CUGACCGGAAAAUAUUGGUUGAGCCGUUGGUGCAGUACAUGCAACGAGCUGGGUAGGCAUAUUAUGUAUUAUCGGUUGAAUACAAAACCGAAUUACAAUUACUAAUUUAUACUUGAAGGAAUUGUAGUCUAAUUAAGAGUCCUAAUUAAUUGGUAGUUAUUAAUAGUUCCUAAUCCUUAGGAAUCCUAAUUUGAGACGAUGGAUUUGAGACAUUGAGAGAAUGGUGCAUGCCGGUUUGACUGCAUGUACUUGAAUUUUUUGCACUUGCAAUUCUGCACUGCAUAUUUACGCUAGUCAAAGUUCAGUUUAGACUUGAAUUAAUUAUGUGUGCCGUGCAUGUGGUGUAAUAUAUUUGCAUCAGUUACACAUGGUUUACACACACAAAUAUAUGUGCAAUUAGUGAAUAUGAACUCAUUAAAAAGUAAAAUGUUUUUAAACUCUGGUCGCCAGUAUUGUAAAUUUUUACUUCAUCCCAAGAAAUUUCUCAAAAUUACUAAUAAUAAGCCUUUGUCUCAACAUUCCAAGUCGUUUUCUACACAAACUAAAGAAAAUCCGUCGUCCUACUCCAUUGAAGAAAUUACUAUUCCAAAUGGUCCUCAGUACGGUUACGAAAUUGCGUGCAAAGUCUGGAGGGGAACGGGGGGAACAUCGUCAUCAUCUGAGCCUCCAAUAGUCUGUGUACAUGGAUGGUUAGACAACGCCAACACAUUUGAUACCCUGCUCCCCAAAUUGAUGCGCCCGGGUCGCACAUUUUACGCCUUUGACCUGCCAGGCCAUGGAUUUUCGUCUCAUAUCCAGGCCAGUCAUUACAACAGCCACGUAGAGUCCCAUCUAGGAAUUCAUAGGAUGGUUCAAUACUUGAAAACGGAUAAAAUUACCCUGCUGGGUCAUUCUAUGGGGGCAGAGGCGGCGGUCAUGUAUGCUGGCAGCUUUCCAGACGGUAUUCACAAAGUUGUAACAUUAGAUGGGGUCAAUCCGAACUUCAAAGAUUGUGCCCAGUCUGUCUACCAUUUUGUUAAUGCGCUCAUGGAGGUGGAAGCUAUCAUAGCUAAGUCGCCUUUGCCAAACCCCACCACUUACGACGCUCUCCAAGCACGAAUAAUCAAAGUUCGAGAAGGAAUGGUAACUGCGGAGGGAUGCAAAGCUUUGCUCGGGCGCGGUGUCGUUAAGGUUGCUGGAACUAACGACAUGUACAGAUUUAGUCACGACCUCAAGUUGAGAAUGCAUCCUGGGAUGGCAAUGUUGAGUACUGAACAAAUGUCAAUCUUUUGCGAAAAUGUUAGUGCUCCACUACUUGUUAUCAAAGCCCAAGAUAACGACCCGUUUUCACUGGAUGCCUCUCACAAUUUUCAGACUGCGAUGGAAAAUGCAAAGAAGAGAAAUAAAGAUAUGAAAGUGGAAUUUUACCUCGCGAAAGGAAAUCAUCACGUACAUCUUAAUGAACCGGAGAUGGUGGCAAAUAUUAUUUCAACAUUUUUAGACUCUUAAAAAAUAAAUAAUAACUAGGAACUUAUAAAAUCUACAAGACUAGUGUUUAUUUAUUUAAAUAUAUAUAAUACUUGUUUAUUACAAUAUUAAAAUCAUGUUCAAUAAUAAACAAAGUAUGACAUAUUACGUAACAAAAUAA